GGAAAAAGUACUCAUAUUUGAGAAGAGAUUAGAAACGAAGGAAAAAUUGGAGUUAAGGCAGAAAAGAUGGCUGAAAGAAAGGACAUGAAUGAGGUUGCUGAGAGCAGCCAAAACAUGAGGGCAGAGACUAAAGACAACGAUCUGCUAGACAUGAUGAUCAUCAAGAUGAGGUAUAUCAGAGAAAUGAUUGCUUCAAUGACUAAACAUCAUGGAGUCUUGCUGUCAGAAUACCAAAAUUAUUUGGAGUUUGAACAGAAGAUAAACAAAAUGUUAACCACAUUUGACACUGGGCCAAAAGAAAACAAGGAUGCCAUGGACUCAGUAAAAAAGGAUCUGUUCAAAAUAAAAACACACAUUGGCAUUGAAAUGGAAGAAAACAAAAUCACUCGGCAAAGAAGUCAAAAAUACAUUAAAAUCUUACACAGAAUUCUAGCUCAACUUAAAAUAGAUGUGAGAGAAUUUGCUGAGAGAACUGGAAACACAAUCCAAGUUUCACUAGAACUUCAAGAUGACUGCGACGAAUGUGUCGGAAGAAGUGAAAUGAUUCUGAAUUUGAAAAUAACUGAAAAACGUUGGGAAUCAGUAGUAAUUUCUUAUCAGCAACAGUGUAAGGACAAUGUUCGCGAUGCUCACGAAACAACCAAAAGCUUUACUAAUGAGCUUGAGCAAAAGAUUCAGAAUCAGAGACUUCAAGCAAAAAAUAAGAUUUUGUUUUCUAAGACCAAACGACAACAGAAAAUAAUUGCAUCUCAGAAAAAAAAGAUAACUCUGCUGAAAAGCAAAAUUGCUCUUAAGCAGAGGCAGGUCAAUGAACUUGACCAAUUUUCUAGAGAUCAGGAGGAAUCACAGGUCCAGGAAGAGGACAGAGAGCCUAGUGUUGGCCAGAGGAGUCCCUGUGCUGAAGAUGCUCAUCAACAAUCGGAUCAGACGGAUCCUGAAGAAAACCCUCUCCCUUCAGACAGGGAAGAAAAACAGACAGGGUUCUUUGGUAAAGCUAUGCUUGGCUUGGGCG